AUGUAUGCGAAAUCAUCCAUCGAUGCGCUGCUGCUGCUGCUUCUGGUGGGCGCGUGCGCGGCCGAGGAGAGCGUGCGCAUCUGCAACGAGUACGACCAGCUCGUCACGUCCAGCACGCUCAACUGGGUGCCGGCGCACAAGGGCGUGCGCGUCGCCCACGCCGUCGAGGUGGGCGUGGUCGUGCCCCCCGGGUCGGAGGGCGGCGAGGAGAGCGGCGACGACGCCGAGGGCGGCGAGGGCGCGCCCGCCGAGAAGCCCAAGCCCGUGUACGUGUGCCGCGCGCGCCACCACGGCGUGUGGGUGUCGGGGGCGCUGCGCCCAGACACGGGCCGCUGCCACGUGGCGCUGCAGGGCCACGCCGAGCGGUACGACACCUUCCAGGUGCUGCAGAACGUGGACGGCGGCGCGCGCCUGUCGUGGCGCGGCUGGUCCAAGUUCCCGCUGGACACCAAGGGCGCCGUGGCGUGCGCCGACAGCAAGGUGUACGUGGCGCGGCGCGCGGUGGCCGCUGACGACGCCGCGGGCACGGCGGCCGGCGUCUCGCACUACGUGGGCCGCUUCGACACCAACGACGGCUUCGGCCGCAUCUUCGUCUUGACUGAGGACGACGAGGAGAAGGUGUUCACGGACGGCGAGGUGCUGGUGGAGACGGAGCCCGUGCGCUACGAGCUGUCGGCCGUCGAGUUCAACAAGUGGCGCAAGCGCGAGGUGAAGCGCAAGGCGGUGCUGGCGACAGCGCUGCUGCGCAACGGCGCGGGCACCGAGCUCUUCGACGUGGACUCCAUGGUGCAGUACGAGGCCAACUACACGCUGUACUGGGGCACUGCGCCGGCCACCAUCAAGGGCCUGCCCACCGACGUGCGGCUGGCCAACGGCUCGCUCUUCGACCGCCAGAUCAACUGGGGGCUCGAGGCCAGCGAGACCCGAAGAAACGUCUUCAAGGUGAGCCACAUGCUGGCGCCGGGCACGGCGGUGAACGUGACGCUGCUGGGCAACAACACGGAGACCGAGCUCUUCUACCACGGGAAGCUCAUCGCCUUCUACCCCGACGGCAACGCCAUCCCGCGCAAGGUGAACGGCAGCCGGCGCGAGGUCGACAUGAAGGACGUGUACGCCGAGUACGGGCCCGUGUACUACCUGCGCAACUUCUCGCUGGUGCCCACCACGACCACCACAACGACCACGACCACGACCACCACCACCACGACCACCACACCACACCACCCCGGCGCCGCGCCGCCCCAGCCGGCCAAGCCCAAGAAAGGCAGGACCAAGACGCGUACCGUCACGAGAUAAAAGAACCGGCGACAACGGGAUGUUGCCCGACAGGCGCUCUCCAUUCAAGAGGGAGGACGCGUCAGCAGGAGCGCGGCGCGGCGGACAGCGGCCACAGCGGCGCCCCCGACGCGCCGCCGCUCCGCGCCCCCCUUGACCCACGUUGCGCGUGGUGCUGGCCAGCCUGGCCCGCGGCCGCGCGCUCGCCCGACACGGGUCGCGUAAGAGCGCCUCCCCGCGCCCGCAGCCGCCACGCCAUCCCUCCGUUCGCUGUCGCACGCCCGCGCGUACUGCCCGGUUGGGACUGUGUUGGUCGCGAGAGACGGUGUGUGUAUGAUGUGUACAUAGAGCGUAAGCUUACAUAGUUAAUAUAUUCUCAUGUUAUUCGUUUCCUCUACUACUAUUUGUUUGUCUUCGUUUCGUAAACAUUCCUAUUCUCCGAGUCUACGAAGCCAUUUUGCUAGUAAGUAGGAGCUACUUGUUUUAGUUAUUUUUUUUAUUUUUUAUUUCUCCACUCAUUGCCCAUUCCUCUUUGUAAAAUAGUUAAAUGUGUACAUAGCUUGUGUAAAUAACGGGAAUUUAAGGGGGAAGUCGCACCCGAGAGAGCGUCUGCCACGGUCUGUCAUUCGAGUUGUCCGGGGUGGGUACCCGAGCCUUCUAGGAUCCCCGCGAGGGACGCGCAGAGCCACAGGCAUACAUGUUCACUCGCCGAUAUUACGAUUAUUUUUUCGUCACUUUCACCGGCCUUGCCAACCGAGGCGGCCGACGGACGCGCGCGCGCGCGGAGGGGUUGGCAGCCCUUCACGCGCGGCUGGCCCCGUCCACGCCGCGCCGCGCCGACGUCCCUCAACCGCUUUCAAUGACUUUCAAAAGUUAUAAUCAACGUAUUACUAUUACUGUAGCGUAUCUUACGACUGAUUUCAGCAUAAGUAAAACUAAAUGUUAAUGCCAUAUUGUUGUGCAAAUUACUUCAAGAAUUGUUGGAAACCUACAUAAACAUGCUAUACACUGUGGAAAAAAAUUGUAUCGCUUGUCUCAUAAACAAUAAAUAAAAUACCCACUAUGCUACUGUAUGGGAAUGUGUCGACAGUGAAAAUUAAUCUGAUGAACAAUUUAUGGGGGAGAGUGUGGAUUCCAAAGCAGCAGUCGUCGCCGAGAGGUCAGAUCCAGAUGACGGCGGGGGGGGGGGGUCCCGUAGCUUCCCUGAAGGUGUCACCGACGUAGACCCCAUCGAGUCCUACCCUGCGGUCAAAACGCUCGCCGCUCGCCUCAAAGGUUCACUUCCUCUUGCCAGACGCCAUACAAGCGUUGUAAUAGAUCGCCACUGAAUGCAACUCGUUUCACAUUACGCAUUUAAAUAAUUAAUCGUUCGGCAAUGGCAUAUAUAUUUGUAAGCUUCAUUCUGCAUUGAGUAAAUUAUUAAAUAUUUGUGUUCUUGGAUAAAAUAUUCGUGGUUCAGAUAAAUAAAAUGUAUUUAGCCUGCCACAACUUAAUGCAAAAAAGCAUUAACAUAGUUCUGCAUGUAGUAUUGUCCUCCUCGGGUACGUUCUGAAUAAUAAUGUUCGAUAAUAAGCUUCUAAUUUUGAAAUUCUCUUAGCAUCUGCAUGCCUCGGUCAGAUCUAUUGCAAGGUAGUCUACACGCUUGUGGAAACACUAGAGUGCUUGAAGGUGAAACGAGACUAAAGUGAGACGAAAGGUAUCUCUAGAAGUGAGUGGAUGAUUCUAGCCAAGUAGUUCCCAUCCGGAUGUAGCUCCCCUACAUUACCCAACCUCCGAGUCCCCUCUGGCCAUUCAGGCGGGGCCCGCGUCCGCAGCCGGCCUUUUCCGCCGCGCCACAGCCGUCUCGUGCAGUCCGUCUCCGGGAGACCACACACGUGAGUUACGUUUCUCGUAGCCGAGUUUUUCCGCCCACAACAGCCAGUCCACGUAGGCAAAGUAGAGUUUAGAUGUGAGGUCGCGCGCCUGUGUUGUCCAUUUAGGUGUACCUCUUUGUAGUUUGUACCUCUGCCUCCGAAUCGAGAGAGGAAAGGAGGGGGUUUUAAAAUGGGACGCAUGCAAGUUGGAAUCCGCAUCCUCCACUCUGUGUGAUAUUUUUUUGUAUUGUAACAAUAAGGUUAAGGGAAGUUUGUAUAAUAAUUAGCGUAAGGGCGCCUUUCGAGGCUCAGUCUCUUUCUUGUAUAAAUUUAAAGCAACUAUUUUAAGAUAUCGUUUUAAUAUAAUUCUUCAGUAUCAUUGCCAGUGAGAAGUAUAUGUAGUGAAACAGAUGUAAUGGAAUAGUACAAAACAGUGAAGGAAUGUAUUUUCUUUAUUUUAUUAGGUGUGCAUUUUGUGUAGACGAUGUUCCUACAUGAUUAAAAUAAAACAUCCAAACUCUUUCUUUCUAUUCAAAUCCGAGUUCUGCACGUACACCUAACAUUGAAAAAUUCCAAAAAAUGUUGACAAAAAUAUGUAACUUAUUUAAUGAAAUAAAACAGUAUUGGCCAAAUCUAAGAAUUUGCAUCUAUGUGAAUAAAACUGAAAUAUUCCAAUCGCAUAACAAUGAUAAUAAAAUAUGGACUGAUUGUCACUGUUGUAAUUGUGGGCACUGUACCAAUUAUUCUCCAAGUUUAAACCAUAAAAUCUCUA